AUGCUUGUUGGCUUGGUGCCGGGUACCGAUAGCUAUGUCAGUCCUGGAUUCAUGGGAGGCCUUGGCAGCGUGGAUCGCGAAAGCUUGCCAGAAUACAAUGUUGGUGGUGGUGGUAUGUUCCUCUUUCACCUCGUUUGGUACUGGGGCCUGGCACGAACCGCAGGUUCCGCACCCGCCCAGGGUCAUACCCACGGCUCCGAACGUUAA